AUCCUUGACUCCUUUCAUUCAUUCACUGCCUAUAGAUCAUGAGAUCCAUGACAAAAAAAAGCUCGGGGUGAUUCUCCAGCACGAAGCAACCCCAGGGCUCGGAAAGAAAAGUUGACGAUGUGGCUUAAUCCUGCAGGAUAUUACUGUAGGGUUUGUGACAAACGGUUCAACAAGUUGAGAGCUUUAUGUGGACAUAUGAGAGCGCAUGGCAACCGAUCAUGGCGGGGACUGCUUCCUACUACUGAUCAUCAUCCUCGUCCUCGUCCUCCAACCUAUGAGGCUUCUACUUCUACGGGAACGAGAAGGGAACUAGGGAUUAAUUUUCAGAGGGAGCCACAAGUGAAAGUCUCUCUUGCUUCUCCCAACUUAUUGGAUAUGCCUACUUCAGAGCCACAAGUGAAAGGCUUUCUUGCUUCUCCGAAAUUUGACUUGAAUAUGUUUCCUGCUACUGAGCCACAAGAGGAAGUGCCUGUCUCUCUGAAAUUAGAAAUGCAAGCUGCUCCAGAACCAAAAGAGAAAUUUGACUUGAAUGUUUCUCUGUCUCCUACUCCUGACCCACCAGAGGCCGACCAUGAUUCUCAUGAGAAGUUGAACUUCGAUUUAAAUGAAGCUCCCGAAGAGGACGAAGCCAAUGAUUACUGAGGUUUUUUUACGGGAUCUGCAUUUGU